AUGAGCAUUGAAGAGACACUGCAGACAGCGGACAAAAUAAUCAAAAGCGGCGUCUCGGAGGAGAUACUGAUGCACUGCGGUGUUCUGCUAAAAGACGAAAACGUGUCAUGCGAGGGCCUGGUUAUUCUGCUCAAAGAGCUGUCUAAGGAAAUAGAUAAGGCUGUGCUAGAGUGA